GUUUUGUUCCUCAUCACCCACUAUAAAAUGGCCUUUCACUCCUCAUGGAUUCCCAAGUCAUUCCUUAUUUUAGUCUUAUUUCCUUAUUUCAAAGUCUUUUUCUUCACUUUCUCCAAGGUUCAUUUGAUAGAGUGAGGAGGAUCUGGUGAAGAUGCUGCUCAAAAUGUGGCUACUUCUCUUAGCGGUGGUGGUGCCUGCUGCCAUGGCUGCCGCACCACAUAGACCCAUAGAUGUGCCAUUUCAAACUAACUAUGUCCCUACCUGGGCUACUGAUCAUAUAAAGUACAUUAAUGGAGGAAGGGAAGUCACACUUUCUCUGGACAAAUGGACAGGCACUGGGUUCCAAUCCAAGGGCACAUACUUGUUUGGGCACUUCAGUAUGCAGAUAAAGAUGGUUCCUGGUGACUCUGCAGGCACUGUCACUGCUUUCUAUCUGUCAUCACAGAACUCAGAGCAUGAUGAGAUAGACUUUGAGUUCUUAGGAAACAGAUCUGGGCAGCCAUACAUUCUCCAAACCAAUGUGUUCAGUGGAGGCAAAGGAGACAGAGAACAGCGCAUAUACCUCUGGUUUGACCCCACCGCAGAGUACCAUUCCUACUCUGUUCUCUGGAACAUGCAUCAAAUUGUGUUCUUUGUAGAUGAUGUUCCCAUUAGAGUGUUCAAGAACAGCCAUGAUUUGGGAGUAAGAUAUCCAUUCAAUCAACCUAUGAAGAUCUAUUCAAGCCUGUGGAAUGCAGAUGACUGGGCCACAAGAGGGGGGCUUGAGAAGACAGACUGGAGCAAAGCACCAUUUGUUGCAGCAUACAAGGGAUUCCAUGUUGAUGGGUGUGAGGCAUCUGCACCAAAUUCACAGUGCCCCACACUGGGGAGGAGAUGGUGGGAUCAGAAGGAAUUUGAUGAUUUGGAUGGAUUGCAGUGGAGAAGGCUGAGAUGGGUGAGAGACAAGUAUACAAUCUACAACUAUUGCAGUGACAGAGUUAGAUAUACAGUCAUGUCUCCUGAGUGUUCCAGAGACCGUGACAUCUAGUACUGCUUUCGUUUGCUCUUGGAAGCUUAUAUAGCUGAAUGGAUUAGAGGGAUGACGAUAUCAUCCAAGCUACAAUAAACAUUUAUAUGUCUAAUGGAUUAUAGGUUUUAUAGGGUUUCAAGGCCGCAAUAAACAUUUAUGUCUUAUGGAUUAUAGGUAUUAUGCAUGCUACAAUAAACAUUUAUAUGUCUAAUGGAUUAUCUUUAUAUGUCUA